AUGUUUGCGCUCCUGCACCAACCAGAGCUCCGAUCUCGGUUCAUCUUCACUGUUGACUUACCUGCAAGAAGAUCUCUGUAUCCAAUACCUUCUUUUCCCCGUUCUCAUGGCGUCUCCCUACCCAAAAGCCAUUAAUCCCUCCCAGACCCGGAUUGGAUGGAUAGGCACCGGCAUCAUGGGCGCACCGAUGGCUUCUCGCCUACUCGUUGCUGGCUACUCCCUCACCGUUUACAAUCGCACCCUUGAAAAAGCCCUUCCCCUGCAGUCCCAAGGCGCUCGCGUUGUCACCUCCCCAAUAGAAGUCGCUCGCCAUUCUGAUGUCGUUUUUACUAUUGUGGGCAACUCUAGAGAUGUCAAUCAGGUGACGCUCGAUCCAAGCGGUGUUCUUCCUGGGUUAAAUUCCGGAGGGGUCGUCGUUGACAUGACGACUAGUCACCCUGCUUUGGCCCGGGAGAUUUUCGCUGCUGCACGAGCAAAAGGGUGCUGGUCAGUGGAUGCACCAGUAUCAGGGGCUGAUACCGGCGCGAGAGAAGGGAAGUUGGCUAUAUUUGCCGGCGGUGAUGGAGAUGUGGUGGCGUGGUUAAAGCCAUUGUUUGACAUCAUGGGAAAAGCCACCUACAUGGGUGAAGCUGGAUGCGGGCAGAGUUGCAAGUUCGCGAAUCAGAUCACCGGAGGUGCAGUCCUGGUUGGAUUGAGUGAAGGGUUGGUAUUCGCGGAGCAAGCGGGGCUGGAUUUGAAUAAGUUUCUGGACGCGGUGAGGGGAGGGGCGGCGGGAUCGAAGCUGAUGGAGUUGGUCGGAGAGAAGAUGAUCAGGAAAGACUACCGGCCAACCGGGUAUGCUGAGUAUUUGGUGAAAGAUUUAGGAAUGGCUCUGGACACUCUGGAGGAGACAGACGAACAGAGGACGGUGGUGGUGCCUGGCGCGGCAUUGACUAAGCAGUUGUAUUGCGCAAUGGUAGCCAAUGGAGACGCCAAGAUUGGCAUUCAUGGCGUUAAAACUGUAAUAGAAAGGAUUAAUGGAAAAUAAACCCAUUUUUGUAUGUUGAUGAUUCUGAUUAAGCUAAUUAAUAAAAAAGAUCAAUUUCA